CGCCGCCACCCACCACUCAAACCAUAAAUAUUGUUCUGUGCUCAAACUAUCCAAAUUAAGUCUGGAAAAAUGUACGACGAAAACAAGUCCGGUUUCACGCAAGUGUGUUACGCACGAUUUAAGAUAAUAUACAGGUUGCUUAUCGGCAUAGGAUAAGGUGAGUAUUUUCGGUAUAGGUUGAUGAGCAACCUGUAUAUCUUAAAUCGUGCUUCAUAGAUAAAGAGGUUAAAUAAUAAUGCUCAACACCUCUACUCAAAAUUCAAAGUAUAUUUGACUAAAACUCGUUUUAUCGUGCGUUCUCUUGCUACUAUUUGUAGUAGCGGACGUAGUUAAAUAAAUGCCAAUAAAUGGCUAGUAGUUAUUUACCCAUGGUUGUAGUUACUACCUAUAAUUGUCUAAACAAAUUACAAUAAUUGAUAUAAUACAUAAUUUAAAUAAGUUCUGCAAUUAAGUACAUACAAUUUGUCUUUUUCGUUCCUUUUAAUUGUUACUAAAAGUUGGCACUUAGCAUUCAGCACUAAUAACUAACCAAAGUCCAAAACAACUCUACACUUGCUAAUAGCUAAAUCAUUUAUAAAGUAUCAGUGUCAGUAUCGGUGAUCGUUAACUAGUAUAAACCAAAUUGCGGUAAAAAAGUCCUCAGCCAAAGCCUGAAAAUUCAGGAAUCGAGAAACACUAAGGACAUUCUUCAUUAUGGAACCAUUAAAAACAUCUAUUAACAAUUCUGCAAUAAAUUCCAAAGUGUUGAUUAUACCACUAAUUAGAUGUGAUGAUCAAGUUAUUAAACAGGAAAUUAUUGAUGAAACAGACCAAAAUAAUGAUAAUCAAUCAUUACAAAUAGUAACUUUAUGUCAAUUUGAAGAAAAAGUUAUCAAAACUGAAACCAAAAUAAAAAAGGAAAUAGAUGUAAUCAAUGGUUUUGUGUUUGAAGGAAGUGUUUUGACAGAAGACCAUUCUUUGGAAUUCAUUACACGAUUGAAUGCUGAUGUAAGAUCUGACUCAAGAAAAAAGCCUCCUAAACCAGUUUCUAAAUCAUAUAAAAAUCAAGAGCAUAAAAAAGUACAUACUGAACUUAAUCAUCCCAAACCCAAUGAUGAAAUUUUGACCUCAAAAGUAAAGAUUCAUAACAGUAAACUAGAAAAGUCAUUUGUUUGCGAUUAUUGUAAUAAGUCAUAUCAUAGUAAAUCCGCUAUAAGAACCCAUAUGAUAAAACAUUCCGGUAAAAGGCCAUAUAAAUGUGAUAUUUGUGAUAAAAUGUUUAAACAACCAGGACAUUUAAAGAACCAUAUGAGAUCACAUACAGGAGAAAAGCCGUAUAAAUGUGAUGUAUGCAAACAAGCGUUUGCUCGUGCAGACACUUUACGAAUUCAUACAAGAACACAUACCGGAGAAAAACCAUAUAAAUGUGAUGUGUGUGAUAAAAGAUUUAUUUGUAAACAACAUAUAAUAUGUCAUUCUAGAAUACAUACUGGCGAUAAGCCAUUUGAAUGUGAUAUAUGUGAUAAAAGGUUUUCUUCGACAUCUAGUUUAAGAAGGCAUGUAAGAGUACAUACUGGAGAAAGGAGGUUUAAGUGCGAUAACUGUGAUCAAGAGUUUUCUCAAUUGAUACAUUUAAAAGUCCAUAUGAGAAAACAUACUGGAGAACGACCAUAUAAAUGUUACAUUUGUAAACGAGCUUUUUCUCAUUCAGCAAAUUUAAAAAAACAUAUAAAAAUACAUUCCAUACAAAAUUCAUGUCAUAAAUGUGAUGUAUGUGGUAAAGGGUUUUGUAAUUCUUCAAGUUUAAAUGUGCAUUCUAGGACACAUACUGGUGAAAAACGAUUUAAAUGCGAUAUCUGUGAUCACAUGUUUUCUCAGGCAGGAAAUUUAAAAUCCCAUAUGAGAUUACAUACCGGAGAGAAACCAUAUAAAUGUGAUAUUUGUAAACGUGCGUUUUCUCGUGCAGAACAUGUAAAAUCUCAUAUGAAAACACACGCCAAAUAAAAGCAAUAUAUCUAUGACCAGUAAAUUUUUUUCACAAUUAGUUUGGGGGCGGAGUGGUCGAGUAGACUCGGUUGCAACUUGCGCCGUCGCCGGUUCGAACUUCGAUCACGGGCUGCAUUUUUCUCGGUCUGGAGAGAGAAGCCGCCACCCCCCAACCGGGCAUGGCAGAAAACUGCGGGUGCCCAAUCAAAAUUCUGCCAAAUAGGCGUCCGAAUUAGUAACUCAUCUGAACUAGCGCCAUAUGAAAAAAAAAAUUAGUUAAGUUUUUCAUUUGUUCUUGGAAAUAUAUAUAAUUUGUAAUUGUCUAUAUAAAAUUGUAAUUUAUAAGCUAUACACGUUUUUAUUGUGAAUGUAUUACUCGCUCUAUCUCUAACUCAAGAUUAGUUAUAAAAGAUAGAUGAUGAUCAUGUUAAUCAUAUAAGUUUUUUGUAUUAUGUCAGAAAAAAACCUCAGUAUUGUCUAAUAAACAAAAACAUUAAUUUACAUA